AUGGGCCGUCUCAACAUCAAGAACAUCAACCCGCACGUUGUCGAGGCCAAGUACGCCGUCCGCGGUGAACUGGCCGUCAAGUCGGAGGAGUACCGUGCCAAGAUCCGCAAGGGCGACGCCAAGGACCUGCCCUUUGACCAGGUCAUCAGCGCCAACAUUGGCAACCCCCAGCAGCUCGACCAGAAGCCCAUUACCUUUUUCCGCCAGGUCCUCAGUCUGCUCGAGAACCCGCUGCUGCUCGAGCACGAGGAUGUACUGAUCAACAGCCUCGGAUACAAGUCCGAUGUCAUUAGCCGCGCAAAGUGGCUCUUGAGCCAGGUUGGAAGUGUUGGAGCCUACAGCGCCAGUGCUGGUGUGCCGGCGAUCAAGGAGAGCAUCGCCAAGUUCCUGGAGAAGCGCGACGGUUUCGCUGCCGACCCUGCCCACAUUUACCUUUCGGCCGGAGCGUCGUCUGGCGUUAACACACUCCUCCACACCAUCUGUGCCGGUCCUGACACGGGAAUUCUCGUUCCCAUUCCUCAAUACCCCCUGUACACGGCUUCCCUGUCAGUUCUGGACGCCAAGUGCGUUCCCUACUACCUCGAUGAGUCGUCGAACUGGGGUACCUCUCUCGAGGAGAUCAAGGAGUCUUACGAAAAGGCCAAGAGCAGCGGCACCGACGUCCGCGCCAUUGUCAUCAUCAACCCCGGAAACCCGACUGGCGCCUCGCUCUCCGAGGGCGACAUUCGCUCCGUGAUCGACUUUGCCGUGCAGGAGAACCUCGUCAUCAUGGCUGACGAGGUCUACCAGACCAACGUCUUCCUCGGCGCCUUCCACUCUUUCCGUGAGAUUCUGCUCAAGCUGCAGAAGGAGAACUCGGACAAGUACAAGGGCGUCGAGCUCGCAUCUCUGCACUCCAUUUCCAAGGGUAUGGUCGGCGAGUGCGGUCACCGUGGCGGCUACUUUGAGCUGAUUGGUUUCGACCCCGAGGUCGAGGCCGAGAUCUACAAGUUCGUCUCCAUCACCCUGUGCGCCCCCGUCAUUGGCCAGUGCCUGGUCGAGCUCAUGGUCAACCCGCCCCAAAAGGGCGAGCCGUCCUUUGAGCUCUACGACAAGGAGUACAGCAAGAUCUUCAACGGCCUCAAGGAGCGCGCCUUUGCCCUCUACGAGGCCUUCAAGGACAUGGAGGGCGUCGAGUGCGGCGAGCCCCAGGGUUCCAUGUACCUCUUCCCCACCAUCCACGUCCCGGCCAAGGCCGCCGAGGCCGCAAAGAAGGAGGGCCGUACCCCCGACGAGUUGUACUGCAUGCGCCUGCUCGAGGCUACCGGCGUCUGUGUCGUUCCGGGCUCCGGAUUCGGUCAGAGAGAGGGCAGUCUGCACUUUAGAACCACCUUCCUGGCCCCCGGCACCGAGUGGAUUGGCAGCAUCAAGAAGUUCCACAAGGAGUUUAUGGACGAGUUCCGAUGA